AUGCUUGAGUUCAACCAGAAUGUCGAGAAAGUCGAGUCUUGGAUCAGAGACAAGGAACUGAUGGUCGGCCACAACGACACCGGAGAGGACUUCGAGCACUGUUUGGCUCUUCAGAGGAAAUUAGAUGACGUCGACAGCGAUAUGAGAGUCGACGACAAACGGCUCAAACAAAUCAAUCUCUUGGCCGACAAACUCCUCACACAAUACCAGCACUCAUCACAUCCAACACAACCACAACUGUCACCGCAAUCGCAGUCCAAUCCCUCCGCUAUCGACAGACGCAGACAUCUUCUCAACGAUAAGUGGAAAGACUUGCAAAUCCUUAUCGACUCCUAUCGUAAUAAACUACUCAACGCCGCAGAUGUCCAUCGAUUUAACAGAGAUUUGUCUGAUUUGGAUCAACGAAUCCAAGAAAAAUCUUUUAUACUCGAGAAAGAAGAAGAGGCGAAGAAUUUGGAAGGAGUGGAAGCACUUCAACGAAAACAAGAAGCCAUCGAAAGGGAAGUGAAUGCCAUUGAGAUUAGACUCAAAGAUUUGGUGGAAAAUGACGGCAGAAAACUAAUCAAUAAAUACCCGGAUAUGACGGCCAACUGUCGAACCAAUAUUAAUGAAGUUCAGGAUAAUUGGAGACAUUUAAGCAAAUUAUGUCACCUCAAGAGGAAUCGCUUGUCUUCUGCUUACACUUUACAUAAAUUUCUCGAAGAACUCAAAGAGACUGAGAUUUGGGCCAAUAAUCUAAUUAAACACCGAAUGAAAGAAUCCAUAAAUAGUGGAAACACUAUAACAGAUUCCAAUCCCUCCGCUAUCGACAGACGCAGACAUCUUCUCAACGAUAAGUGGAAAGACUUGCAAAUCCUUAUCGACUCCUAUCGUAAUAAACUACUCAACGCCGCAGAUGUGCAUCGAUUCAACAGAGAUUUGUCUGAUUUGGAUCAACGAAUCCAAGAAAAAUCUCUUAUACUCGAGAAAGAAGAAGAGGCGAAGAAUUUGGAAGGAGUGGAAGCGCUUCAACGGAAACAAGAAGCCAUCGAAAGGGAAGUGAAUGCCAUUGAAAUUAGACUCAAAGAUUUGGUGGAAAAUGACGGCAGAAAACUAAUCAAUAAAUACCCGGAUAUGACGGCCAACUGUCGAACCAAUAUUAAUGAAGUUCAGGACAAUUGGAGACAUUUAAGCAAAUUAUGUCACCUUAAGAGGAAUCGCUUGUCUUCUGCUUACACUUUACAUAAAUUUCUCGAAGAACUCAAAGAGACUGAGAUUUGGGCCAAUAAUCUAAUUAAACACCGAAUGAAAGAAUCCAUAAACAGUGGAAACACUAUAACAGAUGUAAGAAAUGAUUUACAACUACACGAAGACAUUAAGACUGAGAUUAUGGCGCGAAAAGAAGUGUUUCAAUACCUCAAAGAGUUUGGACACAAACUUUUGCAACAAUUGCCUCAAAACACAGCCGACGAACAAAACCAAGACUUAAAUAAACAGUUGAUUGAAAACGGAUUAAUAAAAUUGGAUGAAUUGAGACGAUCUCUGGAUCAGGUCUGGGAGGAGAGGAAACAUUACUUAACACAAUCACUACAAUUGCAACUUUUCAUUGAACUAUUGAAACAAUCGGAUGACUGGCUCUCAACCAAAGAAGCGUUCCUUAAUAACGAAGAUUUGGGCGACUCUUUGGCUGGAGUCGAGUCUCUCAUUAGAAAACACGACAAUUUCGAGAAGACAUUAACAACACAACAGAAAAUCGAAGAAUUGGGUAAAUUUGCCAACGAUUUGGUGCAAAACAAUCACUUCGAUUCACACAAUAUUCUGGACAAAUGUCGGACAGCAGUCGUCCGAAAGGAUCGACUGUUGGAGUCAUCGAUUCAGCGAAAGAAUAAAUUAAAGGAUUCCAAACUGUUUCACAAAUUCCAACGAAACGUGAAUGAAAUCCUCGGAUGGCUUAAUGAGAAGCUGAAGGUGGCAUCGGAUGAGUCAUAUCGAGACCCCAUUAAUCUCUUGUCUAAAAUCCAAAAACACGCGGCAUUUGAGGCCGAAUUGGCCGCUAAUAAGGGAAGAGUAGACGCAGUGGUCACUGAAGGCGAGUCUCUCAUUAGUUGCGGACACUUCUUGUCUGAAGACAUUCAAAACCAUUUACAACAUAUCGAGAAGUCGUGGCGUAAUCUCUUAGAUGAGACCACUCUUAAGAAAGAGCGCCUUCAAGACGCCUAUCAAGCGCUUCAGUUCCAUAGAAUGCUUGACGAUCUGGAACUGUGGAUGACUGACAUGGAAACGGUUCUCACUGAUGAAGAUCACGGCAAAGAUCUCAUUAGUUCGCAGAAUAUUAUGAAAAAACAUCAAUUGAUUGAAAACGAUAUCAAUAAUCACAGCGAAAACAUCGAACAAAUCAAAGACUUGACGACAGCUUUCACUCAAAACAAUCACUUUAUGAAAGAAGAGAUUGAAGAGAGGGCUCAGAAUGUGAUCCAACGAUAUGAAGGUCUUCACGAACCCAUACAAAUACGAAGAGAGAACUUAGAGGAAGCGCUUCUUCUCUUCCAAUUCAAGCGCGACGUCGACGACGAACUCAAUUGGAUUGAAGAGAAACACAUGCAAGUGAUGGCCACAGAUCUCGGCAACAGUUUGCUUGACGUCCAAAAACUCCGCAAAAAGCAUCAGUUGAUCGAAGCGGAGAUCGGAGCCCGAGAGCCACUCCUGACCACAAUCAUCAGUAAAGGCCACUCUUUGAUACGAUCGCAACACUUCGCGUCCAAUGAAAUCGAGGCACUUAUUAGUGAACUUCAGAAUAAGAUCCAAACCCUGAAAGACGGAGCGGCUAUUCGUCGGCUCAGGCUUUUAGAUGCGGUCGAAUCGCAGCAAUUCUUUUCAGAUGUAUUGGAAGCGGAGAACUGGUGGUCAGAGAGGAUGCCAUUCCUCGAGAAUGAAGAGAGCGGUAGGGAUGAGGAGUCCAUCAUAUCGUUGACUAAAAAACUGGAUCUAAUAAAACGCGAUUCCGAACGAUUCGGUUCAACAAAUCUGUCAAAAGUAUAUCAAUUGGGAAACGCUUUGAUAGAAAGAAAUCAUUUCGACUCUCAAUCCAUUCAAACAAAGAUCACUGAAUUAGAGCUCAAAUUCAAUCGUUUGAAUGAAUUGUGUUCUAAAAAAGCAUUUAAAUUAUCAGAAAAUCGAAAAUACUUUGCAUUCAUUAGAGAUGCGGACGAACUGCUCGUUUGGAUCAAAGAGCAGAUGAUUAUCGCCUGUUCUGAAGACUACGGUCAAGACGUGGAACACGUGGAGCUAUUGAUCCAACGCUUUGACAAUUUUAUUAUUAAUCUGAAUUCAAACGAAGAGCGCAUUAUUUCAUUGCGUUCUUCAGCCGAAGGACUGGAAGAGAAUAACCAGAAAUUAAAUCACGUGUUAAUGGCUUGGAAUGAGUUGAAAGAUACGGCACAGUCUCGUCAGGACGCCCUCCACGGCGCCAAACAAGUGCACACUUUUGACAGAAGCGCUGAUGAGACCAUCUCUUGGAUUCAUGAGAAGGAUUCGAGCACUGCUUUGGAUGAGUCCUACACUCCCGACGACGACCUCCAGUCGAUUCAGGCUAUGAUUCGCUCUCACGAGGGCUUUGAACGCGAUUUGGCGGCCGUUAGAGAACAGGUCGAAGCGCUACUCGAAGAAGCGAAACGCUUGGCCUCACUCUUCCCCGACGCCAGUGAACACAUCUUCGCGAAGAACGAUGAGGUGAGAGAGUCUUGGAAUGAAUUGCUUAAGAGAUCGGCGCAAAGAAGACACCAUUUGUUGGAAACGGAAACACUUCAAACAUAUUUCGAUGAAUAUCGAGAACUGAUGGCAUCUAUUAAUGAAAUGAUUGCUUUGAUCACCGCUGAGGACGAGUUGGCCGAUCAGGACGUGAUCAGCGCUGAGACACAACUGAAUCGACACAAUGAAUACAAGACAGAAAUUGAUUCCCGAAACGACACUUUCAUUAAGUUUGCAAAAGAGGGCGAAAUAAUCAUACAAUCGGGACAUUUCAUGGCCGGAGAAGUGCGCGAACGCAUCGAUCGCCUGAACGGCGCCCACAAAAACCUAAUCGAUAUCUGGAAUAAGAGAAGAGUAAUAUUUGAACACAAUUUAGACGCCCAACAGUUCAAACACGACGCCCAACAACUCGAACGAUGGAUCUCUUCGCGAGAGAAUAUGAUAACUGAUCCUAAUUUAGGUGAUUCCAUAGCAGAUGUCGAGGACCUGAUCCGAAAACACGAAGAUUUUGAGAAAGCGAUUAUAGCACAGGAGGAGAAAUUGAAGUCAAUUCAAAGGCUUACUCUCAUUGAAGACGACUUCCGGAAACAGAAACAGGAAGAGGAGAACAUGAAGAGAGCGGACGUCGCGCGAAGAGAGUACGAAAGAGUGCAACAAAUGAAACAAAGGGAACAAAUGAGGAUUUUGGACGAAAGACGACACGAAGACAGCGAAAUGUAUGACAGAGAAAGCGGAGACUCUGUUCGUAAAGCUAGUCAUGAAAUGGAUGUCAAUUCCAAAGGAUUAGUCAAAAGAAUGGAAAAUCUUUUGGCGCCGAAAACCAUCAAAAGAGCGGAAAGUGUGAAAUUCGCGUCACCGAAGAGGACACCGAGUUUUACCACAAGAAGACGAAGCUUCAGAUCUACUAAAGUGGUAGCCGUAGAACCGGAUCAGUUGCCACCCGUCGAGUGCGAAGGACUAUUGGAGCGCAAACAAGAGCUACAGGCGGGCGGAAAGCGCGCGACUGUCCGCUCGUGGAAAACAUAUUACACAGUCCUUUGCGGACAACUCUUGUGUUUCUUUAAAGAUAAGGACAGCUUCUUCGGCAAUCAGGCCUCUGCGCCGCCCUUUUCAGUGUUAGGCGCAAAAUGCUUGCGAGCCGUCGACUACACUAAACGCAAACAUGUGUUUAGAUUGCAAUUAAGCGAUGGAUCAGAAUAUCUGUUCACAACCAACGAUGAGAACCGAAUGCAAGAAUGGCUGAACAAACUUGCAUUUCACGCAUCACUUCCACCAUCGAUGCAAUUACUCAGUUAUGACGCCCAUAAGGACGCCUCCAUCUAUAGUGGCGGCGCCGCCACCGCAUCGCCCACUAAAUCAGAUGAUAACGACAAUCACACGUCUCCACAAUCCAAUACUGUCUCCAAAUACGACACUUCCAGCGGUUCAUCUCCAGAACUAUCCCGAAAAUCUUCAGUUUCCUCCAAUCCUAUGGCAUCUUCGACCGCUUCAAUCACUUCUCGACCGUCACUUCCAUUGCCAUCAGUUCCGCCACCAAUUGAUUCUGUUAACAGAAGACCAGCGCCUCCUCUGCCGCCCCCGCGAACCCCUCAAAAAUCUGAAUUUGAUGGCGAUUUUGCUAAAUUUGACGAUCAGUUUGAAUCGUUGCCAAGUCUUGAGUUUGUUCCCCAACGGCCCGUAAGUGAUGUCUUCGACCCCCGACUCGAAGAAGUGGAUCAGCAAAGAAGGAAUCAAUUGCGACAAAGUUUUCCACAACGAGGAGAACCCACGCAUACGAACGGCAAUCAUAAUAAUAAUCAUAACAACGAAAUGCUAAACCCUUAUAACGCAUAUAUAAUGUCGAAUCCGCCACAGAAUGCAGUCUAUAGUGCAUACAAUCCUCGGCCGCCCUAUAAUCAUAUGUUACCUCCAAAACCAAUUACACAUCCUAUGUAUGCUUUUCCCAACACUCAUACCAUUCAUACCACUCAUGAAACCGAUUCAGAGACCGACGAAUGGCUUUCACAUCAUUUAGACCUUCGAUACGCCCAAACGACAUACCAGAACAUACCGGUGGCCCGACAUAUGAGUCUCCCGCCAAACACCCGACCGGUCGACCCGUUAGAGCCCACGUAUUCCGCGGCGAAAAACUCGCUCUCAAAUAUCACCAACACUUCCAGCGAAGAAGAGAUUCCAAACUCCCAGAAGAAUAAUAAGAAGAAGGGAGUCAUGAUGCUAAACCCUUAUAACGCAUAUAUAAUGUCGAAUCCGCCACAGAAUGCAGUCUAUAGUGCAUACAAUCCUCGGCCGCCCUAUAAUCAUAUGUUACCUCCAAAACCAAUUACACAUCCUAUGUAUGCUUUUCCCAACACUCAUACCAUUCAUACCACUCAUGAAACCGAUUCAGAGACCGACGAAUGGCUUUCACAUCAUUUAGACCUUCGAUACGCCCAAACGACAUACCAGAAUAUACCGGUGGCCCGACAUAUGAGUCUCCCACCAAACACCCGACCGGUCGACCCGUUAGAGCCCACGUAUUCCGCGGCGAAAAACUCGCUCUCAAAUAUCACCAACACUUCCAGCGAAGAAGAGAUUCCAAACUCCCAGAAGAAUAAUAAGAAGAAGGGAGUCAUGAGUUUUUUUAAACGGAAAUAA